AUGGGACUCGCCGCUUCGCCGCAGAAGAAGCGUCACCGCCAAGAUCCUCAGCCAUCGCCCAGCUCGCCGUCCACUUCCUCCAAUCCAGCGUCCCCGAUCAAGAAGAUCAAGAAGAGCAAGUAUGCCAACGCUCCCCCGGCGUUCUUGCACAACGGACCGACCAGCAGCGCAUCAAAGCUGAGCAACGGUAUCUCGUCGACAUCAGUGGCCGGAACCUCCUCAUCGACUUUAGCUCCGUCGUCCCCCUCCCGCUCACGAACCGUCCCUGCCUCAAACGUGUCCAACGGGCUCAAAUGGACCGAGAGCGCGCUCAAGAAUGUCGACCCUCGCAUCGUCGAAGCUCGGGCAGCACUUCCCAUCGCUUCGGGUCAACAGGCCAUCAUAGAUGCCGUCCGCGCAUACGACACCGUCGUAGUCCUCGGUGAAACCGGUUCCGGAAAGACUACACAGAUUCCGCAGUACCUUUUCCAAGCAGGCUUCGCCGAGCGACACCCUGUCCAGAUGAUUGGAGUCACUCAACCACGACGAGUCGCCGCUACCUCGCUUGCUCGCCGUGUCGCAGUCGAGAUGGGCCAGCCAGAUCCCGCCAUGCUGCCCAGCGUCAAGGGCAAGGCGAGAACAGCAGCCGGCGGCAUCGUCGGCUACAGCAUCCGUUUCGAGGAUCGCACCACACGCAACACUCGUAUCAAAUUCAUGACGGACGGUAUGGUGCUGCGUGAGAUGAUCGGCGACGUAGCAUAUGGGCCAUCCAGCAAAUCGAUCGCCUCGAAUGACGCCCUUGAGUCGACAUCCAGCAGCUCCGCAGCAGUACGGUCCAAUCUGCUCCUCAAAUACUCGGUCUUGAUCAUCGAUGAAGCGCACGAGAGGACAUUACGGACAGACCAGGUGCUCGGCCUUGCCAAGCGCAUACAGCGUGAACGCAAAGCACUUCGGCAGUCCUGGCUCGACCGAGGCAAGCCCUCGAAUGAAACCGAGAUCACCGAGCUCAAGAUCAUCGUCAUGUCAGCCACGCUCGACGCCGACCGCUUUGCCAACUUCUUCGCCACUCCAUCCAGAGCGCUUGCAGCAAACGCGACUUUGACCGACCCCAAGAUUCUCACAGCCGCAAACGACAAGCAACACGUCCCCAUCCUCUACGUCAAAGGCCGUCAGCACGAGGUGACCAUGUUCCACACCGAAGAGCCAGCUCAAGAAUGGACUGAUGCGGCCCUGCGCACUGUCCUCCAGAUCCACGUCUCCCGCCCACCCGGUGACAUCCUCGUCUUCAUGACCGGUCAAGACGAGAUCGACACCCUCGCGCGCUCCCUCGAGCUCUAUUCGUCCGAGCUCCCCGCCUGGGCCGAAGCGGAAUCCAAGCCGCUUCCCAUGUCUCUCAUGAUCGCCCCACUCUACGCAGCCCUCGGUCCGAGUGCCAGUGCCAAAGUCUUCGCACCCACCCCUCCGCGCACACGCAAAGUCGUGCUGGCAACCAACAUCGCCGAGACCUCCAUCACCAUCCCUGGCAUCGUCUUUGUUGUCGACUGCGGUCUGGCCAAGGAAAAGACCUACACGCCGGGCACGGCGGUGGAAACGCUCGAGGUGUCGGAGAUCAGUCAGUCGGCGGCGCGACAGAGAGCGGGACGAGCGGGUCGUGAGCGUUCCGGCGAGUGCUACCGUCUCUACACCCAGGAGGCCUUCAAGGGGUUAGCCUUGGCGGGGACUCCAGAGAUUGUGAGGACCGAUUUGGCAGCGGCAGUGCUGCAGCUGUGCGCCAUGGGUCAGGAUCCGUAUACGUUCGACUGGUUGGAUCAACCGGAUGCGACGGGGUUGCAGGAGUCCGUACUGCAGUUGAUUCAGCUUGGUGCGUUAGAUAUCAAGACUUUGCCCGCGCUGAAUGGUAGUGAUGGAGAAGCGGAAAAGGGUAAGGCGAAGCUGGUGCUCACGGCGAUAGGUGGCAAGAUGGCCAUGCUUCCCGUCUCACCUGCGUACUCGCGUUCGCUGAUCGCUGCGGGUGAGCGAGGCCCCACAGUCGCACGACAGGUUCGUGACCUCAUCGCCAUCCUCUCGUCAGACCGAUCCAUCCUCGUCGAGCCGUCCGACCCCGAGAAGCGUGACGAGGCGAACAAGGCCAAGUCGACCUUCAUCCACCCGACAGGAGACCAUGCUACGCUACUCACCGUGCUCUACUCGUACCUGGGCGAAUCGGACAAGGCGCGCGCGAUGAGCAAGGCGCGCAAAACCGAAGGCAAAGUGGACGUCAAGGUCGUCGAGAAGGAGGCGAGGGAGCAAGUUCGCGCGUGGUGCAGCAACCAUUUCGUGCACGAAAAGGCGGUCAAGAAUGUCUUGCACAUCCGCAAGCAGUUGCGUACGAUCUGUCGUCAGCAGAAGAUCCUUUGCGAUGACGAUCUUCAGGAGAAGCUCGCCAACAGCACCUCCGCUCAAGAUGAAGACCCCUCUGAGGAAGAGUCCGACUCCUCGUCAUCAUCGGGCAAGGGGGUGGAUAAAACCGGUUUGUUCGUCACGCGCAAAACCAACGGUAUCAGCAAACCGUCGGACGACGAAGAGGACACGCACUUUACCGGUCUCCGUCAAUCGCUGCUCGAAGGACGUAUCGCCAAUGCAGCGCUCAAGAACCCCUCGACGCCCAACACGUACAAGCGAAUCACUUCCAGCGCAAGCGCGGGGGCAACGUUCAAGAUCCACCCCUCGUCGACAUUGCAUCCGAGCAAGCUGGCGCGAGAGGGGGGCGGAAAGAAGUUGGAUGCGAUCCUGUUCGAGGAGUUGGUCUUUACUACGCAGACGUUUGCGAGGACAGUCAGUGUUAUCGAGCCCAGCUGGUUGCAGGAGUUUGCUCAGCGUGGGUGA